CGUUUCCAAUGUGGGUGUUGUUUUUCAUUGCAUUGUUGUUUUCCACAUUUAUAUCUGAUAAAAACAGUGAAUCAGCGUCGGCAUUAAUAUUUUUUAACUAAAUCAAAUCAAUUUAAUAUAGUUUAAUACUACAGUUAUAUAGUAAACCAAAGUAAACGUAAUGGCCGCUACACUAAAGCCUUAUUUAACCGCCGUGCGUCAUUCGCUGACCGCUGCUAUGUGUUUACAAGAUUUCCCUUCACAAGUGGUGGAGCGACACAAUAAGCCCGAGGUUGAAGUAUGCUCCAGCAAGGAAUUAGUUUUAACACCAGUGGUGAUUUCACGCAACGAACGCGAACGUGUGCUGAUUGAGCCCUCCAUCAAUUCGGUGCGUGUUAGCAUCGCCGUGAAGCAAGCAGAUGAAAUCGAGAAAAUCCUGUGCCAUAAAUUCACACGCUUUAUGAUGCGUCGUGCCGAGUCAUUCAUAAUAUUGCGACGCAAACCAAUUGAUGGCUACGACAUUAGUUUCCUCAUCACCAAUUUUCACACUGAGCAAAUGUAUAAACACAAAUUAGUGGAUUUCGUUAUCAGCUUUAUGGAAGAAAUUGAUAAGGAAAUCAGCGAAAUGAAAUUGGCUGUAAACGCGCGUGCACGUACCUGUGCAGAGGAGUUUCUUAAGCGUUUCUAAGGCUAAAAAAUAUGACAGUUGUCUUUACUUGUGUUUAAUUUAAGCAACCAAUUUGAAAAUAAUAGAAAAUCACUUUGUAUUCCAAUAAGCAGUAUAUGUAUUGUUUGGAAACAAAUGCGGUGCACGCUAAGAAGGCCAGCAAAUAAAGUAUUCAGCAUUUUUAUUACCUAAAAA